UCACUUUUCCACAUCCAAAAACACAAGACUUUUGAUCGUAAAUUAACAGAUAAACAUCACAAAGUUCUGAUACAAUGUCUACAGCUGGUCAGGUUAUCAAGUGCAGAGCCGCGGUGGCAUGGGAAGCGGGGAAGCCACUAUCAAUUGAGGAAGUGGAGGUGGCACCACCACAGAAAGAAGAAGUCCGCUUGAAGAUCCUCUUCACCUCUCUUUGCCACACUGAUGUCUACUUCUGGGAAGCCAAAGGACAACACCCACUGUUCCCUCGCAUUUACGGUCAUGAAGCUGGAGGAAUUGUGGAAAGCGUAGGUGAGGGAGUGACUGAUCUCCAUCCAGGAGACCAUGUCCUUCCGGUGUUCACGGGGGAGUGCAAGGAGUGCAGGCACUGUAAGUCAGAGGAAAGCAACAUGUGUGAUCUCCUGAGGAUCAAUACUGACAGGGGUACUAUGCUCAGUGAUGGCAAGUCCAGGUUCUCCAAGGAUGGAAAGCCAAUAUAUCACUUUCUUGGUACCUCUACCUUCAGUGAAUACACUGUAUGUCAUGUUGGUUCUGUCGCCAAGAUCAACCCUGCAGCCCCUCUUGACAAAGUUUGUGUUCUUAGUUGUGGAAUAUGCACAGGUUUUGGUGCCACUGUGAAUGUUGCAAAACCCAAAAAGGGCUCAUCUGUUGCCAUUUUUGGACUGGGUGCUGUUGGUCUUGCUGCUGCUGAAGGUGCAAGGGUUUCUGGGGCUGCAAGAAUUAUUGGAGUUGAUUUGAAUUCCAACCGAUUUGAGGAAGCCAAGAAGUUUGGCGUGAAUGAAUUCGUGAAUCCAAAAGAUCAUAACAAACCUGUGCAAGAGGUGAUUGCUGAAAUGACCGAUGGUGGAGUGGAUAGGAGUGUUGAAUGCACUGGAAGCGUCCAGGCAAUGAUUUCUGCAUUUGAAUGUGUUCAUGAUGGUUGGGGUGUUGCUGUACUCGUUGGUGUGCCUAACAAAGAUGAUGCAUUCAAAACCCAUCCAGUGAAUUUCUUGAAUGAGAGGACUCUUAAGGGCACCUUCUAUGGUAACUACAAACCCCGAUCCGAUCUGCCCGGUGUUGUGGAGAUGUACAUGAAUAAGGAGCUGGAAGUGGAUAAAUUUAUCACUCACUCGGUCCCUUUCGCUGAGAUCAACAAAGCAUUUGAUUUGAUGCUUUCAGGACAGUCCAUCCGGUGCAUCAUUCGCAUGGAGGAUUAGAGCAACUUGGGACUUUUUAUGUGAUAAUGGAGAGAAUUUAUAUAUCUAUCUGAUGUCUUUAAGAAUAAUUGUGUUGGUCUGGAUUUUACAAAUUUUGAGAGAAGCAACUUAAGAUAGUACGAGGUUCAUGACUUUUGUCUUUGAUAUUAUGGUUUUUAUGAUAAUAAAAUUUUCUGCAUAUUUUCUUUA